AAAGGAAAGGUUGAUCUUUAAAAGGAUAUAAAAAUUUUUCUUGGGCUUUUUAUAUUCGCGGAGAUAUAGGGAUCUAAAAAUCGUGAAAAUCACAACAAAAACAUGCCAAAACUCUAGGACCUCUAGACAAUCAGCCAGCCAGUCUUUAAUUGUCACACGUCAGUGUUAGGCAAUGAAAUUUUAUUACGGAUUUCUAAAUGAAUUCGACAUCAAAUCAUGCUUUGAUAGUUGUCCAGAGGAGGGUUGUACGAAGACCUUUAUGAGGCACUGUUCAAUGGUUCAGCAUCUAGACUGCGGCAAGCAUCAGUGGGAAUUAGAGCGUGAAACACUCUUUGACAAGGCUGCCCUUGCAUACGCAGAACAACUAGAAGGCCAAGCAACUUUGCCACCACAAGUCAGCGCAGCGACCACCAUUACAAGCAAGAAAGUAAGCAAGCAACCAAUGGGCUGGGCGCUUAAAGGUGGGCAAGGAAGAAGCAGAUUUUCCGAGAAGCAGAAAUCCUAUCUAACUGCUAAAUUCAAGAUUGGAGAAGAAAGUGGGAUGAAAGUAGAUCCUAACGAGGUAGCUAGAUCUAUGAUGAUUGCGAAAGGUCCUGAUGACAGCCUACUCUUUUCCAGUAACGAUUUUCUUACAGCCAAGCAAAUUGCAGGAUUCUUUUCAAGGCUUGCUGCAAAGAAAUCACUUCCUGAAUCCGACCUGAUAGCGGAUGUCGAAAAUGCUGCUCGUGAAGCUGAUCUUGAAUCCAUAGCUGAUUUGGAGAUUUGUUUCUGGCUGUCCUGA